UUUGGCACGGUUUAGUAUCGUCCCGACAAUUAUCGUAAUUAACUCGUUUAUGUGUUGUGUGCUAAUCCAAUUACCAAGUUCGCGCAGGAUGCCCCCAAUCUUGGCGAGCGCAAAUAAAGGAAAUUAAUUCAAUCAUCGUUCAAUUGGCUCUGACAAAUGAAGAAUUCAAUUUGACUCUCAAAUUCAAUUGAAUGAUCCCCAAUCUCAAUACGCGAUUAGUCGAAAGUGUUUCUGCACAUUGAUUGAAAAGUGAAAGUCGAUCCGUUAGCCAUGCUGAACUAUCAGCCACAGUUACACUCUCUGCCCGUCGGCAAUGCCAGCAAUUUCUACUACGGCCCGACGGGAUCACAUCCCCUAGCAGCCGCCGGCGAGUCCUAUCCAUCGCAUCCGUCGCACAAUCUCGAUGCCGAGGAAAAACUACACGAUCGCGAUGGCACUGCCAGGGACCUGGACAAAAUGCAUCGCUUCUCGGUGGACAAUCUCAUCGAACUGAAGCACGAUGUCUAUGCCAAGGGCAAGCUUUCGAUGGAAAUCAGUAACAAUUAUGGCGGCGGUGGUGGUCCCAGUGUCUGCACCAGCAAUCUCUCGACGGGACACUCGAGGAAACCGCGACGGAAUCGCACCACCUUCAGCUCCGCCCAGCUGACGGCCCUGGGGAAGGUGUUCGAGAGAACCCACUAUCCGGAUGCGUUUGUACGCGAGAAGCUGGCCACCAAGGUGCAUUUAAGCGAGGCACGAGUGCAGGUUUGGUUUCAGAAUCGACGUGCAAAAUUCCGCCGCAACGAACGAAGCGUGGGCGCCCGUCCACUGCUGGACACCGCAUCCCAACUGGUGCCAGCGCCCCUCAGCAAUACCAUGCACAAAUAUGCGAACAUGAGCCACCCACCGCCACCGCCCCCGCCCGGGGCAUAUGCCCUAAACUUUGCACCACUAGAGCUGCGCUCUUGCCAGAACUACACGAACUGCUAUGCGGGAUUCGGGACGAAUCCCUCAAACGGCAACGGCAUGUGCUCCUUCUUUGGGGCCACCAACUAUUUUGUGGCAGCCAACUAUCCCAAGAAUGCUUAUCCGCCGCUUUGAUGACAGCAACGACGAUUCCCACCACGGCGAUGGCGAUGGCGAUGAGGACCGCAAUCUUUUAAUGGGCCCCGUGGGGUUACUACGUCCACUCACAUGUGUGUAUUUCAAUUAGCUAAAUUGUAUUAAAGUUGAAAAAUGUAUUAUAAAUUAACAUACAUAUUUACUUACCUGACUAAUAUUUAUAUUUAUACGAUACUA